AGCGCAGCUGUGGAGUACAUGAACUCAUCUGCAUCAGAAAAGUUUCUCCUGAAGCUCUUGGGUUCCUUUCUGCCGUCGGAGUUUUUGUCUUUCUUAUGAUCCUCAUUUUUCUGUACCUCAAUAACAAGCUGUCCAUCGAGAACGCUGCUCCACGGCCACACGAGCACUACAGGAAGGGCAAGGACCUGCCAGAUAAGGGUUAUGGGGAGGCGGAUUUUCAGGCUUCGUCAUCGGACAGCGAUGAUGAGGUGAUGGGUCAGUACCAGGAGGCCGUGUCUCGUUCGCAGGGUCUCCGCGGCGGCUGCACAGGGGCCAGCAUCCGCCAACAUAAGGGCUAUGGGUGGGACACACGGCAGAAAUACUGCCCCCUAGCAGCCGAGUACGAUGGCUACAGCAGCGAGGCCUCUGCUGAGGAUGUAAACUGUAUCCAGAGGAUGAGACGGACUCCUCCGCUGGAUGAGCUGCAGCCGCCGCCGUAUCAGGAUGAGGACGGGUCACCGCGGAUGUCGUGCACACCCUCUGACCUCGGUGAUGCCAAGUGUGAUCUGUCUCACGGCAGCAACAGCCCACAGCACAGCUACACAGCGAAGUGCCCCAGUGAGGGCAGCGCGGGUCACGACACCGAGAGCUUUCUCAACAAGGGCUACGAGGAGGACGUCCCCAGCGACAGCACCGCCGUGCUCAGCCCAGAGGAUCUCUCUGCUCGUGGUUCCGCCGCUCACCUGCCUAAAGGUUAUGAGCCGGAGCCGUUGGCGCAGUUUGGGACACUGGACGUUGUCUUCGAUUACGACUCCUGUGAUCAGCGCCUGGCCGUCACGGUGACCGCAGUGACGGACAUUCCUCCACUGAAGCGCACCGGAAACAUCUCCUGGCAGGUGCACCUGGUUCUGCUGCCCACCAAAAAGCAACGUGCCAAAACAAGCAUCUCCAGAGGCCCCUGUCCCGUCUUCACCGAAACCUUCCGCUUCAGCCACAUCGAGUCGGAGAUGAUCAGCAACUACGCCAUCCGCUUCCGCCUCUACAGCAUCCGGCGGAUGAAGAAGGAGAAGAUCCUGGGAGAGAAGGUGUUCUACCUCACCAAGCUCAACCUGCAGGGCAAGAUGUCUGUUCCCGUCAUACUGGACCCCUGCUGCAGUAUAGCAGGCAGCGAGUCUCAGGCGAGCGUAUCUGACGCAUCCUGCACUGACACUGCCUCAUCGUUCCAGUCAGCCGGUCAGGGCUCAGCUCCGGAGAUCCUGCUGGGCCUCGUGUAUAACGCCACCACCGGCCGCCUGUCCGUCGAAGUCAUCAAAGGAAGCCACUUCAAAAACCUCGCUGCCAACAAACCGCCCAAUGGAUUGUUCUGUUGUCUAAAGCACUUGAUAGGUGGGCAGGUUUAUAUUAUCAGAGACACGUACGUAAAGUUGACUCUGCUGAACUCCAUGGGUCAGGAAAUGUCCAAGUGUAAGACGUCCAUCUGCCGCGGUCAGCCCAACCCCACCUAUAAGGAGACGUUCGUGUUCCAGGUGGCGCUGUUCCAGCUCUCUGAUGUCACCCUCAUCCUUUCUGUUUACAACAAGCGCAGUAUGAAGCGCAAGGAGAUGAUUGGCUGGAUCUCUCUGGGCCUGAACAGCUCCGGGGAGGAGGAGCUAACGCACUGGACUCAGAUGAAGGAGUCGAAAGGACAGCAGGUUUGUCGAUGGCACAGCCUUCUUGAGUCCUAGAGUCGUGGAGAGGAGGAGGAGGAGGACGGAGGUGAAGAGAAGCGACGGAGAAAAGCGGAAAAUAAAAGGCAGGCCACGCCCACGCCUGACCCUCAGCUCGCCUGAGCUGGCCCUCACAGCAGUGCAUUAUGAGGAAGUGUGAGUUUUGUUAGGGGGCGACACCAAUCUCUGCCCUAGGCAUUAUGGGAAACGUAGUUUGGGUCAGGGUGAAAGCACUUGUAACCCCGAGUUCGGUCAGGGAAAUGGCUCAAGGGUUGGAAACUUCUUGCCUUUAACGGAGCGACCACGUAGAGAAGAGUUAUUUAUUUAUUUAUUUAUUUAUUUAUUUAUUUAUUUUCUCUGUUAUUUGUGUUUUUGUGUACCUUCAAAAUGAUUCUGAUAGCGGUGGACGGUGGGGAGAGUGAGCGGAUCAGUGAUGGCAUUUACCCGCCAGAGAUCCACACGACUGUAGCCAUGAGGCCGUUCAGUUCGAACAGGAAGGAGAGAGAGAACGAGGGAUGACGGUCUGUGUCCUAUGAUUUAACCAGGUUGUUUAAGCACUACAGACAUCAAAAGGGGCAUUUCCUCCUCAAACCUGCUACCAGUCGGCAUUAGACGUUUUAAAAAGCCCUUCGACUUACAACAGAAGCUAUUAUUAUUAGUGCGCUUUAAGUUAUUGUGUUUUCUGUUCUUUCACCAAGUACAGGGCAGUGCGUCACAGUUAUUGUCCAUGGUAGUUGACCGUGAGCUACAUAUGCGGCAGAUAAAAGUUGUAAAAUGAAAACAUUCUUCUUUAACAUUCACUCAGUCAUUCCUCGCUUUUCUGACUAAUCAUUGUGCUUUGUUUUCCAUAUAGCUUCAUGUAGCUCACAUAUAACAUGUGAGCACAAAAAGAAGCAAGUUUGACUGUUAGUUUGACCCAUAUUGUUAACAUUGAAAGUACAAAGCAGUGGACAGCUGGUCUAACUGGCCGUCACACCUU